AUGGCAAUUUGUAAAUAUUUUUUGCGUGGCCAGUGUUGGUAUGGUUCUAGAUGUUGUAAUGAGCAUAUUGAUAUUGAACAAAUCAUAAAAACUGAUAUACAAGAGACAAUUCAUGGCAAUCAGUGGCUAUUGUCGUGCUAUGGACCGUUUAGUGGUAAACCGUGUAUACCAGAUUUUGUUAAAGAUCUAUCGUUUGAAGAAAUUCGUGCGGUGUAUUACAAAGGUAAUCAGAUAAAUGAUUUUGCAAAGGUUCAUCAAGCCGUCAACAAGCAAUUUUUGGAAGCAAUGCAGAAGUUGAAAGCGCUUUUGAAGUUUACUCCUGAUAUUGUAAAAAUGGUAGUCAACAUUUAUGAAUAUAAUGACAAGUCUGUUACGAGUGGCAUUACUAAGACUAAUCAAAAUAUUUUUGAAGCUAGUAAUUUUAAAACUAUGCAAAAUAUUGCGUCGGUUGGUGAUUCGUCGUCUGUAGAACAGAGUUUUGGGUCCAUUUUUAAAAAAUCAUACGUACUGAACUCAAAUUCAAUUUUUAGUGGUUCCCAAACUAAUUCUUUGUUUUCACAACAAAAUCAUGGAAUGCAAGCGCAGAGCAAUAAUUCAAAUUAUUUUGGACAAGCCUCAAGUGUUGAGCCACAAAAACAAUUCUUCGGUGCAUUUGGUCAGCAACAACAACUACAAUACACAAAAUCAAUAUUUGAAGAAUCUCACGGUGCAAAUAAUAUAUUUAAUUCAAAUACUCCAAGCAUCUUUUCUAAUCAAUUUAUACAAAAUUGUGAACAAAAUCAGUCUACUAACACACUUUUUCAAAGUGAAAUGCAGCAGAUAUUACCGCCAUCUAGUGAACCAAUGUUGGUGGUGGAACAACCUCAGGAGCAGUCGUUUCAGUAUUUAACUGAUGCAAUAAUCCCAGCAACUCAAUUAUAUACACCAUUACAAUUGUUAACUAAUGAAGAACUUGAGGCUUUCAAAUCAGAUACAUUUACUCCAGGAAAUGUGCCAACGAAACCACCACCAAAAGAUUUAUGUUAA